AUAAUAUAAUAAUAGAGUGUGUCUGUGCGAGUACGUGUGUUACCCGCGUUAGCAUCGCAUGUGCGAUGGUGCCAUAUCCAUCGGCUAGUGCGGUUGUCGCGGGUUUUUUGACGUUUUACUCAUUGAUUGUUCGAGGAUCAGCCUUCGGCGUCUUGAGUACAGGUCAACUCAUUGAAAACCAUGGUCAUCAAUCGCAUAGUAAGCAUUCAGUAAUAACCGAAGAUGGAUAUUUAAUUAAUUUAUUUCGUAUCAAAGGCCGCGGUGGCCCACCAUUUUUGCUUCUUCAUGCAUUUAUGGGAGCAUCCGACCAAUGGUUACUAAGAGAUAAAAAUCUCGAUUUACCCUCAAUUUUAGUCAACAAUGGUUACGACGUAUGGUUGGGUAAUUUUAGAGGGAACCUAUAUUCUAAGAACCACACACACCUCAAUAUAUCUGAUCCAGAAUAUUGGAAAUUUAGUAUUGAUGAAUGGGCAUAUUACGAUGUCCCGGCGAUGAUGGAUUACGUGUGCAACAAUACUGAAUACGAUAAAAUGUACAUAGUGACGUACUCGUUGAGCAGUGCCAUUUUGUUUGCCACCGCAUCUGCAAGACCUGAGUACAACGAUAAAAUCAUUGUCAGCUAUCAUAUGGCCCCAUUCUUGGCGUUCACCAAAAUCCAAUCUCUUCUGUUACGGAUAGGCAUACAGUUCGGAGAAUUUUAUUUGGCAAUAUCGCGGAGCACCAAGAAUCACGAAUUGUUUCCAAGAAACCAAUGGUCAAUGAAUUCUAUAUCGCUAUUCUGUAAUAAAAAAUCAAUUUUUUUAAAAGCAUGUGUAACUUUGCUGUCUGAAUUUUUCGGAUUCGAUACUUCUGGAAACUCUACAAAAGAUCUAGAUUUUAAAUUGACUUAUUCAAGGGCGGGCGUAUCGUUGAAUAGUAUAGACCAUUUGCUUCAAAUGAUUAAAGCCAAAAAAUUUCAACAUUACGAUUUAGGACAUAAUAAGAAUUUGGAAAAAUAUGGACAAACCAAGCCGCCGGAAUAUGAUCUGCGAAAAGUCACGUCACCCGUUGUAUUGUAUCACAGCAAGAACGACAGGGUAGUAGACAGUGGUACCAUACAUAAGCUGAUUUCGGUUCUACCAAAAGUCUACCGAUCAAUAAUAAUUCCUAAUGAUAAAUUCGGUCAUAUAGAUUAUGCAUUUAAUUUAAAUGCUAAAACAUUUGUAUUUGAUUCGGUUAUUAACAUUGCAAGACAAUUUAGAAUCGCUCCCAGCCGUUCUCAGUAUGGUUAUUAUUAUUAUUAUUGAUAAUAUUUAACUAAAUCUUUUAAUUAUUUUCAAUUGUACUUUUUUGUUUUAAA